CCUAUAAGUAGGUCUCUCCAGAUCCAUACACGUGUGUUGGAAGUUGAUAUUUUGGACUUGAUUGGUCGUUUGGAAGAUCUUUUGAAUACUAGCACCAUGGAUAACGAAGAUUUGGAAAUGGAGGUUGUUGAACCAGAGGAUGCCGAGAGUGAUAUUGAUGACAAUGACGACGAAGAUGAUAGCGGUAUGAAAAUACAAAAAGAAGUCUAUCUUCCAGGCAAACCCUUAAAUGAGGACGAAGAACUAGUUUGCGAUGAAUCUGCCUAUGUUAUGCUGCAUCAGGCUUCUACUGGUGCUCCAUGUUUGAGUUUUGAUGUCAUUGCCGAUGAACUUGGAACAGAUCGCCAGGACUAUCCCCUAACAGCCUAUAUGGUCGCGGGAACACAGGCUGCACGUACUCAUGUGAAUAAUUUAAUAGUUAUGAAAAUGCAUAACUUGCACAAGACACAAGAUGGCGAUGAGAGUGGAGAAUACGAAGAUGAUGGUGAAUUGGAAGAUGAUCAGGACGAUAUUCAAGAUAGUAAUGAAAUAAAGAAACCACAAAUGAGUUGCGCUCUGAUCAAACACCAAGGCUGUGUAAACCGAGUACGGUCGAGGCGACUGGGAAAUUCUGUUUUUGCUGCCUCGUGGAGCGAACUAGGCCAUGUGAACAUUUGGAAUUUAUCAAAGCAAAUGCAAGCAGUUGAGGAUAAUAACUUACUUCGAAUCUAUGAACGAGAGGUCGCCAAUAAUCCAGUAAAACCUGUCUUCCAAUUCAGUGGUCACCAACAAGAAGGUUUUGGAAUUGAUUGGAGUCCAUGUGCUGAAGGUGUUCUUGCUACAGGCGAUUGCAAGCGAGACAUUCAUAUUUGGUCACUUGUUGAUGACUCUACAUGGAAAGUGGAUCAACGCCCAUUAGUUGGACAUACAGCGUCAGUUGAGGAUUUACAGUGGAGUCCAAAUGAACGAAGUGUUUUAGCAUCAUGCUCUGUUGAUAAAUCGAUACGCAUAUGGGAUGUCAGAGCCGCUCCGCAGAAAGCAUGCAUGCUAACGUGUGACAAUGCUCAUCAAAGUGACAUUAAUGUUAUAUCAUGGAAUCGCAGCGAACCCUUUAUAGCAAGUGGAGGUGAUGAUGGCUUUCUUCACAUAUGGGAUUUGAGACAGUUCCAAAGUAAACAGCCUAUUGCAACAUUUAAACACCACACAGAUCACAUAACAACGGUAGAAUGGAAUCCCAGGGACGCCACCGUGCUGGCCUCAGGGGGAGAUGAUGAUCAAAUAGCUUUAUGGGACUUGGCAGUUGAGAAGGAUACGGAUCAGGAAUCCACAGAUGCCGACGAUGACCUUAAUAAAUUGCCACCACAACUGUUGUUCAUUCAUCAAGGUCAAAAAGAGAUCAAAGAACUACAUUGGCAUCCCCAAAUUCCCGGCGUGAUUUUGUCUACAGCCCAUAGUGGUUUCAAUAUAUUCCGUACCAUAAGCGUCUAAAAUAUGGCCUAUCACGCUACACAAUAAAACUUAUCUUUUGUAAAUAUUCCAAUUAAUUUUUAUUGUGCUCCUUAUCUACGCUGCUAUCGCAGGAACGCUAAUUGCAAUAGCUUCCCGUAGUGUCGGUGUGUACCACUUCGUUGUCUUUUAAUAAGGCAUAAUUUAUAAGAUGUCGCAUCGUCGGCCGUCCGUGGGGGCAAUUCUGUAAUUAGGAAAACGAAUUAUUGAUAAUGAAAGCUUCUGUAACAAAAAAAAAAAAAAACAAACUGUGUAUUCUGCAAACUUGAGCAUUUUAUACGACAACUAUAGUUUUUUGAUAAUUACCCAAAUGUAAAGUGGCUUUCUUUUUUUUCUCAAAUAAAAUAAAAAAAUAUAUAUAUGUAUAUAUACACAUAUAAAUUGAUGCAA